AUGGAGAGCAUGAGGGGCAUCUUGCACAAGACGAGCCUCCAGGAAGCUCAGGAGCGGCAGCUGGCUGGACAGAAGAGAACCUGGUCGACAAGCAAUGGUGAUGAGGACAGAAAAGACUCGCCUUCAGGAUCCGGAUCUGCCUUUAUCGCGACUACAGUUGCUCCCGCAUCAGCUUCUUCCCAGAACUCAGUCCGGUUUCAAAACGCUCUUCAUUUCCUUCCACCUUCCACCAAACUUUCUGCAAGCAAAAUCGUCACAUUUAAUGCAUCAGAAGGACCUUCCGAGUAUACCCAGAGGCGUGUUUUUGCUGCCACGCCAUCUUCUACCAUAGACCCCGAGCUCGACCUUGCCCAUCCUGUAUAUAAUCUGCCGCCUCAGCUUGUUAAUAAUUUUGCUUCCCUUGGAAUUAAGCAAAUCUACCCAUGGCAGAAAAACUGCCUCAAAGGGCCAGGCUUGCUUACAGGUGCUAAAAAUUUGGUUUAUUGUGCUCCCACCGGCGGUGGCAAGUCCCUUGUUGCUGAUUUACUCAUGCUCAAGAGGAUAAUGGAAGAACCCGAGACCAAAGCCCUACUUAUUCUCCCAUAUGUUGCCCUUGUGCAAGAAAAGGUUCGCUGGCUACGGACCGUCGUUCAAGGACUUGCCGCAAACCUGGAUCCUGAAGCACUGGAGAAGCAAAAAGCCAAUAGUAUAUGGCGACUUCGUCCAGACCAUGACUCUAUUAAAGUCAUCGGCUUCUUUGGUGGCGGCAAGAUUAGAUCUACUUGGCAGGAUUUUGAUAUCGGCAUAUGCACCCUCGAAAAGGCCAAUAUGCUCAUCAAUACCGCCAUAGAAGACUCUUCCAUAUCCCAAUUGCGAGCUGUAGUUCUCGACGAGCUUCACAUGAUUGAUGAUGACCAUCGUGGGUAUCUUCUCGAGCUGAUAGCAACUAAACUCUUGAGUUUGGAGCAGCCCAUUCAGAUCAUUGGCAUGAGCGCUACUCUUCCUAAUGCAAACCUGGUUGCCAAAUGGCUUAAUGCACACUCUUACGAAACUAGGUACAGGCCAAUACCAAUCGAAGAGCACCUGGUCUGCGAAGGAAAAGUCUACCACAUCGGUACCAACGGUGCUACGGCCCAAAGACAGCUGAAAGUUGAGGAGAUAUCAAAAGCUCGGAUAGAUCCUACGCGACAAAUCGAAGAAUCCAGCCAUAAGGAAUUUCGCGAUCCGGUUCUCAACGCCGUGGUAUCCUUGGCUCAUGAGACAGCCCUGAUGGGUUAUGGCGCUUUGGUAUUCGCUGGUAGCCGAGGCAUUUGCGAGUCGGAUGCUCGCCUCAUCAGCAGAGUAAUGCCCCAGCCACACGAAGUGGAUAGCAAAACCAUGGACAAGAGGAUGGAUCUGUUGAGCGAGCUGCGAAGUCUCAGUACAGGUGCUGAUCCCGUAUUGGAGGAAACCGCGGGCUUAACGAGCGAGGAGAGAGAUCUCAUCGCCGAAGCAUAUGAUGCUGGCACACUGCUAAUAUGCGUUGCCACCUGCAGCUUGGCAGCUGGUAUCAAUCUUCCUGCUCGAAGGGUGAUCCUUCAUAAUGCAAGGAUGGGGCGUGAAUUCGUCGGCCCCUCCAUGUUACGGCAGAUGAGAGGUCGUGCCGGAAGGCAGGGCAAAUCCCCUGUUGGAGAGACAUAUCUCUGCUGUCGCCAAGACGACCUAGAGCAGGUCUUAGAUCUCAUGUAUGCGGAUAUCCCAGAAAUUGCUAGUUGUCUCAACACUGAAAAUAAGCGUGUUCAACGAGCCAUUUUGGAAGUCAUUUCCGUUCGCUUGGCGAACAGCCAUGAGUCUCUCCUCGAAUAUUUUUCCAAUUCUCUAAUAAGCUUCACUCAUGAUCGAGAGUUUGUAGAAAAUUGCCUAACGUCAGGACUGGAGGAGAUUCACGAUUUAGGCUUAAUUGUUAAUGAUUCUUACUCGAGUUUUGCGGCGACACAACUGGGCAAAGCCAUAGUUGCCUCUUCUGUUGAUCCCUACGAUGGGGUCUUUAUACAUGCCGAACUUACCAAGACGCUCAAGGCCUUUGUCAUGGAUGGCGAGAUGCACAUUCUCUACGUCUUUACUCCGGUUCAAGAUUUUGGCAUCAUAGUCAACUGGCAAGUGUUUCGCAACGAGAUGGACGCCUUAGAUGAGAGUGGGCUUCGAGUCCUUGGCUUUCUGGGUAUCAAGCCGACGGCCGUUCUCAAGCUUGCUCAGGGAGUUCCGCUUAAGGAGAAUACACCCGAAGAAAGAGAGUUGGCCCGUGUAUACCGUCGAUUUUAUCUGGCACUGCAAUUACGAGAUUUAUGUAAUGAGAUGCCGAUACAUGUGGUCGCGCGAAAGUACGACUCGCCUCGGGGUUCUGUGCAGACGCUUGCGCAGACAUGCCAGGGCUUCGCGGCAGGCAUGAUUAAGUUUUGCGAGCACAUGGGAUGGGGUAUCAUGGCUGCUGCGCUGGAGCAUUUCUCGGACAGACUGAUGGCCGGCGCAAGGACAGAUCUCUUGGAGCUCGCCAAGAUUCCAUUCAUCAAGAGCCGCACAGCCCGAGUCUUUUGGGAGAACGGAUACCGGACCGUCGGUGCUAUAGCAAACGCUGAUCCAAAGGAAUUGGUUCUGAUUCUGAUGCAGGCCCAGCCGAAUAAACUGCGACUCAAGGGGAAAGUCGAUGAGAAAUAUGAAGAAAAGCUACUCGCCAAGGCAAAUGUAAUAUCAGCUUCGGCGAAUCGGCUUUGGCAGGUUCAACUGCAGGCUGAAAUGGCUGAAGAAUAA